GGUUCCUCGCGCUACCGCCACCACCACCGCCUCCGCCACCGCCGCCGCCACCCUCAUGAUCAAAAUCGGAGGAGAAUCAAAGCCUUUUUCAAAUGUUGCUGUUAGCAUGAGUGGGAAAAGCGACCAGCAACAGAAGAAGCAGAAACAGGUGGAGGGCGGAGGAGCGGGCGGCAGCAGUAGCGGGCGAGCCAUGCGUCUGUUGGUACGGGGCGCCAGGCAAGUCGUGGCGGUCGGGGCGGCGGGCGAGCGGGUGAAGGCGGGGAAGGAGAUGGACAACCUGAGCAUCGUGACCGCUACGGAGGACCAGGGCGUGUCCGUGGCUGUGGAUGAGGCUGGUCUCAUCGCCGCCGUGGGCCUGGACAGCGAGGUGGAGGCCCAGUUCCGCGGGGCAUCGUGGGGCGAGGUGCUGGACGCGAAGGGAGGCGUGGUAGUUCCCGGCUUGGUGGACGCCCACACUCACCCCGUCUGGGCAGGGGACCGCGUCAACGAGUUCGCGAUGAAGCUGGCGGGCGCUACCUACAUGGAAGUCCACAAGGCCGGCGGAGGAAUCAACUUCACCGUGGAUCACACCCGCAAGGCCUCCGAGGAUGAGCUGCUAAACCUUCUUCUGCCUCGCCUUCACCGCAUGUCCAGGGCAGGCACUACCUUGGUCGAGUGCAAGAGCGGAUAUGGACUGGACGUGGACAGCGAGAUGAAGAUGCUGCGUGUCCUGGAGAGAGCUCGGCCCCUCGCUCCCCUCACCAUCUCCUCCACCUUCUGCGGCGCCCACUCCGUCCCCAAGGGAUUGACGGCGGAGGAGGCGACGCGGCGGGUGGUUGAGGAGCAGCUGCCGGCGGUGAGGGCAGCUGUGGACGCCGGGGAGAUGUGUGUGGACGCCGUGGAUGUGUUCUGUGAGCGCGGCGUCUUCUCCGUGGACCAGAGUCGGGAGAUCCUUCAGGCCGGGCGUCGACUAGGCUUCAUCCUCAACUUCCACGCCGAUGAGCUGAGCGCGUUGGGCGGGGCAGAGAUGGGGGCGUCGCUCGGAGCUGAGGCCAUGAGUCACCUGGAGGAGGUAUCACCAGAGGGCAUCUCCGCCAUGGCCCAGGCAGGCUCCGUGGGGGUCCUGCUGCCCACCACGGCCUACAUCCUGCGCCUCCCUCCGCCUCCUGCCCGGGCAAUGAUCGAGGCUGGUGUCCCUGUUGCCCUGGGAUCGGAUUUUAACCCUAAUGCUUUCUGUAUGUCUAUGCCCCUCGUGAUGCACCUGGCCUGCGUCACCUUCAAGCUCACCCUGAACGAGGCACUGACGGCGGCCACGCUCAACGCUGCCCACGCCCUCAAGAAGGCAGACUCCCACGGCUCCCUUCAGCCCGGCAAGGUGGCUGACAUGCUGCUCCUGGACGCUCCGAGGUGGGAGCAUCUUGUGUACCAGCUGGGCGGCGCGGAUGACGUAAUCACUCACGUUAUCAAGUCCGGCAGGGUAGUUCACUCCAGACGACACCCUGCUACCCUGCCCUGAUCCCCUCCCUUCCCUGCCAAGCCUGAUACCCCACCCUCAUUAACACUCCUCAAUCAGAAUCUCAAAUCACCUUGCAACCCUGUCUUUAUCUACUCGCCCUGUCACCCAAGAUCGGCAGGGUACAGUACAAACGAGGAGCUACUCUGUCAUUCUGUACCCAUGUUCUUCCUCCCCUGUCAAUAUCUAGCAGCCCAUCACCUUAACCAGCCUCUCUAAUUCACCAGCAAGCCCUAGGUACUCUUUUUCCUCCUCCUCCUCCUUGUUCCGUCUCUCUGUGGUAAGUUAAGUUUGUCUCUUCUCUCUCCUACUUCUACUUCUAAUACUUCCUUUACUCUCUCUUCUUCUUCUUUUUCCCCUCAUCUCAGCACUAUAUGUAUCCCUCACUACCUUAUAAAGAUCAAAUUAGGCUAAGAUCAUCUCUAAGGCAUCUCGUUGGAACACUUGACUCUCUCGUAUAUUUGUUUGUAUCUCUUUCGGACCUUAACAAGCAUCAGAGAAUCAAGCACCCGCAAAGCCUCUCGUUGUGACCCUUGAAUCUCUCGCGUAUCUUCACUUGUAACUGUCUCGGGGCCUUAAUAAGCAUCAGACCAUCCGCACGUGAACGCCUCAGCUUCCCUUCACUCAGUACUGGCCGCUGUGAGAAGGAGGAGGCUGCUGUGUCUCUCUGUUGAAGAGGAUCGCUAAUGCAUCUCUGUGAACUCUUGAAUCUGUCGUCAACUGUCUCGGAGCCUUAACAAGCAUCAGACCGCCACCAGUGAGUGCCUCUUUCCCUUCACUCAGUACUGUCCGGUGUGAGAGGGAGGCUGGAGGCUGCUGCAGUGGGUCUCUCUGGCUGUCUUGGGUGUACUUGUAAAGCCUCCAUUGGGGUACGCUUACGUCACUCACCGCGUUGACACCUGUAGUUGGGCGUCGACGUGAGUGAGUAGAACCUAUAGGCUGCAUUUGAAUGUAUACAAUCUUCCUUCAUCUGUAUUUCCUCCUGCCUACGACUUGAACUCUUUCAAGAGGAGGGUAUCAGGACACCUCUCCUCCCGAAACUGACCUAUCUUUCGGCCACCUCUUUGGAUUCUUUUUAGGAGCAGCGAGUAGCGGGCUUUUUUUUUAUUAAUGUUUACUUUUUUGUGCCCUUGAGCUGUCUCCUUUGCUGUAAAAAAAAAACAAAAAAAAAAAACGUUGUGGUGGUGGUUUAGUUUCGUGGUGACUGACAGGGUUACGAGUGAAUGGUAUUUUUGUCUGAUAGGGCGUAGCUAGGGAUUGUAUGUAAGAGGCACCAUAGAGGGAUACGGGGACCAUGUUAUCUAUACAGGGUCAUCACUGCCUGCUCCUGUUAUAUGAGUCACUGUUUUGAUUGCUAUCGACGGUAUGGUGUUUGACAGGCGAAAUAGGCAAUGAUGUAGAUAAGGACUGCAUGUAAGAGGGACCAUAAGGGGAUAGGGGGAUUAUCAAUGUAGGUGGACCAAUGUCUAUUACUAAUAUAUAUGUUACGGUAUUGUCUCUAAGAACGUCAUAUAAAGGGUUGAAACUUGUCUCUGGGGGAUGGAAUAGAGUUCAAUAGACCCUCUCCUCUCCUUCCUCCUCCCCCUUCUCUCCCUCCUCCUCCUUCUCCUCCUCCCUUCUUCUCCUCCUCCCUCCUUCUCCUCCUCCCCCGUCUGCCUCGUAACUACUCACUGUUCUUUGACGCUUUUUAGAAUCUCGUUUCAUUUGAUGUUUCUAGUAAGUCACGUUUGCUUUGUCUAUUAACUAAAUGUCAGAUAUAUAUAUACUGAGUUCCCGGAUUGCAUUUUUUUGUAGAUGAUAAGAGCUGCCUUCUUGCUUACUACUGUACUGUGUUAUAGGUUUAAUGAAUUGUGAUGGAGUUUGUGUUGUUAAGUAAGACCUAUUGAUGCUUUUGACUGAUACUUUUAUAUAAUUAGACGAUGUUAAUUUGUGUUAGGUUUGGAGGCGUUUAAUGGGUGCUUUCCUAUACUUAAACAAAGGUGGUUUAUAUAAGUUGAGGGGUAUCGAAACAUUUGAUGGACACUUUCCCAUGAUUAGACAAUGAUAGACUAUAAUUAGAUAUGAUUCACUUGGACGGUCACUGGUAAUUGGUCAUUGGUGUGUGAUGCUCCAUGUGAUAUGAAUAAAGCAAAUAAUAUUA